CCUCACCUCAUCACACUUCGAACAUCGUCCUUCACCGUCUUUAUGAGAGAAGGGCGUUUCUUCAUUUUCGGAACUGAACGCUCACUUUCAUUAGGCAGAUUGACCGAAGAACUCAUUCCCUUCACUCGAGGGUCUCACUAGAGUGGGCCAAAUCAUCCCACCAAACUCCUUAUCUCACAUCCAUCAAGCCGACGUUCAUCGAGACGUUACACACGUUCGUAAACCCGAAUCUUCUCUCAUCUUAAUCCUCACCCUCACCACCAAAAAUGGACAUCGACCAAGCUCCCACAACAGACACAAUAUCAAGCCCACCUCCCCCCUUACAAGACGAAGAAGCCCACUUGAAAGCACGCACCUCGGACUCCAAAUUCUGGCUCGACUUCUCCCUCUUCGACGACGGCCUUGACGCCCCACGCGCGGCGUCUCUCACGACCCUUCCGCAAUUUCACCGCUUCCCGGACCUGCCACCGGAGAUCCGCCUCAAAAUAUGGUCCUACCUCAUCGCCCCCCGCGUCGUGACGGCCUGCUGCUUCGAGCGCGAUGCUAGGCUGCCCGCCCGGCGUGAAGCGUUUGCGAAUCGUUCCCUAGCCGCACCCCGCACCCUCUCCCCCUACUCAUAUUCUCCUACGAAUACAGCACCAGAAAGAGGCUUAGCAGGAGAAGGAACAACAGAAGGAGGAACGACAGAGAGAGGAGCGACAGGAGAAGGAGCAAUAGGCAGUACAACAGAAGGAGAGGUAACAGGGACAGAGACCAAAGAAGAACAAGACACACGGAUCUUCAACCCAACAUGCCCCCUCAUCCUCCUCAUCAGCCGCGAAUCCCGCGCCCUCGGCCUGAAACACUACGAACUCGCCUUCGGCUGGCGCAUCUCGGCCCUCCUCUCCGACACCCCCAUCGCCCGCCCCCCGCGCGUCUGGUUCAACUUCGCCCUCGACGCUCUCUACCUCGUCGGCGAGCUCGAGGCCUACGACCAGUACGGUUUCAACAGCCCCAUGGUGUAUUUCCUGCGCAAGGAGGACACGCGGCGCGUGCGGCACGUCGCCUGCGCGUUUGAGGAGCUGCAUUACCCCGAGCAGGAGUCGGAUCAGAUCUUUGGGUGUCUGUGGCACGUUGUCGAUCGGUUCGCGGGCGCGAAGCGGCUGAUGGUUGCUGUUACGCCGAGGGACGAGGAGGGGAUGAAGGGGUGUCUUAUGUUGAGUCCGGAUAAUAUCAUGCAGAAGAUUUGGAACGGGUGGAUUUUGGGGACGACGGUGACGAGUUCUAGUCUCGCGGACACGCAGAUUCUGAUGGUCAGGGAGGGCGAUCUGGCUGACGUUAUGGCCUGUCAUGCCGAAGAAGACGAGGAGAAGGGGGGCAAGAAAUCUGUCGUGACAGUGCGCCCUUAGGAGGGGCCCAUUGAUGCUCACUGGAGUGAAUGCUCUUUCUGCAUGGUACGGAAAGUUUUAGAGUUGACA